CGUCGCUGUCUCUUUUCCCCGCGCCGGUUCGACAGUAUCAGGAAGAAAUGAGCGAGGAGCGAAUAUUGUUGGGCAGUGCGCUGCUGAACCGACUUUAAUGAAUCUGUUGGUGCACGUCAAUUGAUACGAUGGUGGCAGUAAGACUUGUUCAAUUGCACAGAAAAGGCGCAUCAGCUUUUCGCUUUUAAAAAGCACGAUGAAUUUAUAGUGGAUUAUCACUGCGGGAUUGCACUAUCCAAAGGAUGAUUUGCAAAUGAAUUUCGGUGUUGUGGCGCGAAAUGCUAGCUAAAUAUUUUCGGAUUUGGUUGAAAUACACAUCUGUAUUUUCGAAGGCCCCUGUGCCUAUGGAUCGCCGGUGAUUUGCAUGGUUCACUGACCGCAUUUUAACGACAUAAGGGAGUGAAGAGGCGAGAGAAACAGCGGAUGCCGUAGCCGAUAUUUUCGAAUACAUUUUAGAAUUAGCUUUUGCUCUCUUUUUUUGGUAUAUAGUUCUCUAUGCGUGUUUUUUGUCGGAAUUGCCCUUUCGUGUGAGCAAGUCCACAGAGACAAUGGCAGGGCCGGAGGAGCAUUCGCAGCAGCACCGGCGGGUCGAGGAGAAGGCGGAACGCUUGGAUGAUGCGGAGCUGGCUUUUCAGGGCAUUAACAUGCUUCUCAACAACGGCUUCAAAGAAAGCGACGAGCUCUUCAGAAGAUACAGGACUCAGAGUCCGUUGAUGAGCUUCGGAGCAAGUUUUGUGUCCUUUCUGAAUGCCAUGAUGACAUUUGAGGAGGAGAAAAUGCAGAUGGCUUGUGAUGACCUGCGUGCCACAGAGAAGCUGUGUGAGAGUGACAAUGCCGGUGUCAUCGAGACCAUUCGCAAUAAGAUCAAGAAGAGUAUGGACACACAGAAGUCAGGGAUGACUGUAGUGGAUCAGCUCCAAAGGCAGAUCAUUGUUGCUGACUGCCAGGUCUACCUUGCUGUACUCUCCUUUGUCAAGCAGGAACUCUCAGCAUAUAUAAAAGGAGGCUGGAUCCUCCGUAAGGCUUGGAAGAUGUACAACAAAUGCUACAGUGACAUUAGCCAGCUUCAGGAAGCCUGUCGCAGGCGGUCCUCCAGUCAGCAGGGGGCACUGGCCUCUGAUCAGGCCAACCACAACACACCUGUGGCUGAGAGCAGCGGAGGGGUGACAGAAGAGGCCCUGGGGCGCCUGAAGGGUUCUGUGAGCUUUGGCUAUGGCCUUUUUCAUCUCUGCAUCUCCAUGGUGCCGCCACACUUGUUGAAGAUUGUCAACCUGCUGGGUUUCCCUGGAGACCGUCACCAAGGCCUGGCAUCUCUGGCCUAUGCCAGCGAGAGCAAAGACAUGAAGGCACCACUAGCUACGCUUGCCCUCUUGUGGUACCACACUGUAGUGCAGCCCUUUUUUGCCCUGGAUGGCUCGGAUUCCAGGGCCGGGCUGCUGGAAGCUAAGGCCAUCUUGCAGAAGAAGGCGAUGACCUACCCCAACUCCUCUCUCUUUAUCUUCUUCAGAGGACGAGUGCAGAGGUUAGAGUGCCAGAUCAACAGUGCACUGGCAUCUUUCCACGAUGCUCUGGAGUUUGCCUCAGACCAGAGAGAGAUCCAACAUGUGUGUCUGUAUGAGAUCGGUUGGUGCAGUAUGAUUGAGAUGAACUUUGAGGAUGCUUAUAAGGCUUUUGAAAGGCUGAAGAAUGAAUCCAGAUGGUCACAGUGUUACUAUGCAUAUCUAACCGGGGUGUGCCAGGGUGCAUCUGGUGAUUUAGAGGGUGCAAAAGCUAUAUUCAGAGAUGCACAAAGGCUCUUUAAACGCAAGAACAAUCAGAUCGAGCAGUUUGCUUUCAGAAGGGCAGAGCGUUUGAGGAAGCUGUCUCCUACACAGGAGCUUUGCAUUUUAGGAGCUGUAGAGGUCCUGUACCUUUGGAAGGCUCUUCCGAACUGCUCCUCCUCCAAACUCCAGCUCAUGAGCCAAGUGCUACAGGGCCUGGAUGACCCAUGUUGCCAGGGCUUAAAACACCUGCUUCUUGGUGCUAUUAAGAAAUGUCUUGGAAACAUUAAAGAUGCCAUCCAGUGCUACCAGAUGGCUGCCAGGGAUGAACUGGGACGUCAGAACAACUCUUAUGUGCAGCCGUACUCCUACUAUGAGCUAGGCUGCGUCUUACUGGCUAACCCUGAGACAUUGAGUAAAGGGAGAUCAUUGUUGCUUCAGGCAAAAGAGAACUAUGCAGGAUAUGACUUUGAGAACAGACUGCAUGUGCGAAUCCACUCAGCCCUGGCCUCCAUAAGGGAAGUGGUCCCUCAGUGACCCUGCCUAACCUAGGAAGUGCAAUGCACCUUGAUCACUCCUGUCCAGCACUUUUUAAAAUGCAAGCCAUUGGAAACAACAGUGAUUUUUUUUUUUCUUUUUUUAACAAAACUUUGUUCCUAGGGUGGGUCCAUCUUUAACUUUAAGAGGAUGUGCUAAUCACAAGUCUAUAGAUUUUCCUUUCUGCAUUUCUCAUAUUUAAAGUGGCUUACAUAAAAUAGCAUAAAGUCAGUAUUUCUGAUCCUUAUGUGGUAGUCUAUGCUUAAUCAAGUAAAAUACAUUGCUUAAUUUGAUAGUUUUAGAACAAUUACUUACUCUAUUUCCAUCUCUGAAGGUUUCCAUCUCUUCUAUGAGAUUGAAUCCCAUAGAACCAACAUAAAUUAUUACACUACAGUUUUACACAGAGACUGUUGGAAGGUACGAUAACCCAUUUAAAAUGUUUCAGAUUUGGGUGGUUCUUGAUUUAGUUUUUAAAAUGUUUGAUUAGCCAUCAUAUAAAUCCAUUAAACGUGAGAAAUCGAUAAGCUCUAGCUAUGUUUCCACACAUGCUCAUUUUUUGAUUAUAGUCAGAAGAUGGCAGUAUUCUGACUAAGGUAUCUCGCAUCCUGUUUUAAAUCAUAUUCCAAGCAAGCAUGUUUCAACUGAAAGACGUAUCCAACUCCACAGAUCAGCAGACACAGUCAACCAUCUUAUCUAAUGAAAAUCAGUUUCCUUUCAACUAAUAAGCUCCAGUUAUGAAAUCACUUGGGUAAGUUGAGUGGUAAUUGUUGCAUGCAUAGUCUGUAUUAGACGUAUGAUACUUUCCACAAUUUUGGUUGUAAAACCUGUUGUCUACAUCAACAUGCUGGAAGGCCUUUUCCAGUGGACAUUUCCACCACAUAGUGUAGUAGAAGGAGAAUAUGGCCCCACAAUGUUUAUGGGGAGAGGGGAUGUCACUGUCCCAUUCAGGUUGCAGGUUACCUUUGCAAACAAAUGAAAAUUAGAUUGCUCAUCUUGUCAAGACAUGCAGUAAUAUGCAUAUUGAAAAUAUUACCUUAUUCAGAAUACUGGAUACAUUUACACAAUCCUUUGCAUGGAAAGAGCUGAUUUCUUCUGACUAUUAUCCCCCUUUAUGAUAACAAGUGUGAUACCACACUGCAGGUUUAGGUUAUUCUGAUAUUUUAACUUACUUUACCAUUUAUUGGUUCUUGUACUGGUGGUUUCAAAUUGUUCAUAGCACCUGGUGAUAGGUGUUUGUAAAUAGAGUUGAACAUUUUGGACAUGGCUCCUCACUUCUUCCUGCAAUAGUUAGCGCCAUGCCAGAUUUAAUACACCUAAUUCAGGGAAUCAAGGCAGAUCUCCAAAGAAAUGCAAGUGACUACUUUUCUGCUGUGUUUAGGAUAUACCACUCCUUCAUUUCUUUCUUUCUUCCACACCUCCUUACACACAGACACCUAUCUGUCUCACUGAUCUUGUACACAAAAUAAUUUGCUCUAUGUUUCUUGUUGACCACGCUAAUGACAAGUGUAUCUUAAAACACAUUUGAAGCAGGGUUUAAUUUACCAUCAUGUGAACUUUUAAGUGUGGAGGACUAUGCUAAUGUGAUGUGCAUUGUUUUGUUUGGCCCUUUCGCCUACUUAAACUGACCUGGCAAAAUAUACAUUUAGAAUAGAUAUGGAAAGUAAGUCAACAUCUUAUGCUUUUGGUUAUCUGAUUCUGUGUUUUACUGUGAAGUGCCCAGCUACUGUAUUACGUCAUAAGAUGAAUUGAACAUAAUCAUAUUUGCAUAACUGUUACUAAUAUUCUGUACCCUAAGGUUGCCGCCACUUAUUUCUGGCUGAGCUAAUACUGUUGCUUUUCUGCAAAUUGUUUCCAUGCCACAUUGAAUUAAAAUGUGUUCUGAAUACAUGUAUACAUCAUGACCAUCUAAUUGGUAACCAGUUAUCUCCUUGAUCUGCCCCAAAAAUCUGAGACCCUGUACUACAGGUAAGGUCUGGAACCAAGCUAACCAUAUCUUUAGUUGUGCCAAAGGCCUAUAUUCAACCUACACCUCUACGGUCUUGGACUUCUGCAAGAACCACCUGUCUUCUGAAUUCGUAACAUUUUCGGAAAGCUCUUGUAAAUGCUUAUUUUGGGACAAUUUUUUCAAAAACAGUUGAAUACAUUAUGAAAACCCAGCAAUACCAUAUCUGGACUAUAGAUUCAGUAGAAGACUUUCAGGUUUUGGGCCUUGGUCUGUGCAGCUAGAAUUGGUGAGUAGUUCUUGGUCUCGGGGUAAAGAACAACACCAGAUAGAAAGGAAUUCAUCAGUGUUACAGGAACUGGAUUUCCUGUCUGUAGUGUUUUCUUCCUUUAAUAUGUGGAGCUGGACUGUAAAAUAA